GGGGUCGAAUUUUACGAGAAUCUAGCCUGCAAAUAAAAUUAUUACAAAUAUUGCUAUUGCCAGCAUCGGCGAUUCCCGGUUGGAAUCUGCCUGUCAUUCGCCCAAGACAAAAAGAAGAAUGUUAGAGUAUCAUUUUGUCCAAACAAGAGACAUAGAUAUUACCAAUGCGCAUCGCCUAUUUAUCUGACGUCCCGCUUUGGAUGUGAAAAAACUUGCCCGCUUAAAACAAUUUGGUUUGUGAAUGGGUAUGGCUAAUUACACAGUAUUACCAUAUGGGCUAAUUCCCGACGAUGCAUCACCCGAGUGGCUAAACAAAGGCGACAACGGGUGGCAGAUGACGUCGGCCGCCAUGGUGGGCCUCCAGAGCGUGCCGGGGCUCGUGAUACUGUACGGGAGCAUGGUGAAGAAAAAGUGGGCCGUGAACUCGGCGUUCAUGGCCCUCUACGCCUUCGCGGCCGUGCUCCUCUGUUGGGUGCUUUGGGCCUACGAGAUGUCGUUCGGGUCCAGCAUGAUCCCUGUGCUAGGGAAGCCGGAUGCGAGGGGCGCCGCCGAGAAAUAUCUGCUAUCUCAGAAUAGGUUGGGUGGCUACAUUCCCAUUGCCGACUACGUUUUCUAUCAAUUUGCAUUUGCGGCCAUCACGGUUAUACUUCUUGGAGGGUCGUUGCUUGGGAGAAUGAAUUUCUAUGCGUGGAUGUUGUUCGUGCCCUUGUGGACCACGCUAUCCUACACCGUGGGUGCGCACACCAUUUGGGGUCGUGGUUUCUUGACGGAUCAAAUUAUUGACUAUGCAGGUGGCUAUGUCAUUCAUCUCUCUUCCGGAGUCGCUGGUUUGACUGCCGCUUAUUGGGUGGGACCGAGGCAUUCGGAUGACAGGCAACAUUUCCCGCCUAACAACAUUAUAAACAUGCUUGGUGGCGCGGGGUUUUUGUGGAUGGGUUGGACGGGUUUCAACGGCGGAGCGCCGAUGGCAGCGAGCGAAAUCACUUCGCUGGCCGUGUUGAACACCCACGUCUGCACCGCCACGAGCAUCCUCGUGUGGUUGUCACUCGACGUGGCGGUGUACCUCAAGAGCUCCGUCGUCGGAGCCGUGCAGGGAAUGAUGACUGGCCUGGUUUGCAUUACUCCCGGCGCUGGAAUUGUGGAUACAUGGGCCGCAAUCAUUAUGGGAAUCCUAUCGGGCUCAAUCCCUUGGUACACGAUGAUGGUCUUGCACAAGAAAUCCGCCUUCCUCCAAAAAGUGGACGACACGCUGGGAGUGUUCCACACGCACGCAGUGGCGGGCCUGCUGGGCGGGAUUCUGUCGGGCCUCUUUGCAAAGCCCGAUCUCCUCGCUAUGUUCUACAGUCCAGAUCAUCAAGGCCCAGGCUUCAUCUACGGAAUAAUAGAUCAAAAAUUCAAUAAGGGGCUUCGCCAAAUGGGGUUCCAAAUUAUAGGAGCCCUUUUCAUAACGGUGUGGAACGUGUUGGCAACAAGCUUGAUAUGCAUAGUGAUCGGUAAAAUGACUCCUCUCCGCAUGGAUGAAGAUGGGCUUGAAAUAGGAGAUGACGCAGCGCACGGCGAGGAAGCAUAUGCGCUGUGGGGCGAUGGGGAAAGGCAUCCCGUCCCUCGUCGCUUUCGCAUGAAUCCCAAAAUGCCCUCCUUUUGUAGACGUUGUACCACCAGUCCUUGAAUAUUUUGUAAAUUCUCACUUUUCAAAUUAUUGCCUAUCUAACUCCUUAUUAUGCCACAGGGUCUGAAAAACAUAUUGAGACUCGGAUUUGACUUUAAACUUCUAUGACUUAAAAAUGUAUAAUUAUGAUUUCAAAUUUAUAUUUUA